CUUCAGGUUAUUUCUGAUGCAUCAUCCAUUGGAGAAAUGAUAACCUAAAAUAAACUUUGAAAACGUUUUGAAUUAAUUGCUGAUCAUCAAAUCCUUAUAAGUUUUUAAAAAUAAAAUGUCUGAUCCGCGUUUACGUACAUUGAAAAUAAAAACCGGUGUUGUAAAACGUCUUGCUAAAGAAAAACAAACUUAUGAAAAAGAACUUAUUCAACAACAAGAACGUGUUGAAAAAUUUAAACAAGAAGGUAAAGAUCAGCAUGACAUUAAGAAGCAAGAAGAAGUUUUGCAAGAAUCAUUGAUGAUGGUUCCUGAUUGUCAACGUCGAUUGAUGAAAGCUCAUGAAGAAUUGAAAAGUAUUUUAGAGUCUGAGCAAGAUUUAAAAGAAACCGAAAUUUACAUUGAAGCUGAAAAAGUUGUCGCUGAAGCCGAAGAACAAUUACCCAAAAAUUCAAAUUUAUCAGCAUGA